AUGGCGGCACCUGUAAAGUCGGACAAGGAGAUUGCCGCCGAGUUCACAUCCUACUACCUUCAGCGUGCCACAAAAGAGUUCGCCGAGGAUCUUGACAAGGUGCGCGCUGCCGACGACUUUAAAAACGACGCGGUCCAGAUCCUGGUGAGCGCGCUACAGCAGGGCACGGCACUCUUCUCGCCCGAGGAGCAGAGGAGGAUUGUGACGGCGGCGGAUCGGCCUGAGAGCAAGUCCUGA